AUGCCAGACACAUACGGAGGCCGAGGGCCUCUUCUGCUUGGGGUUACCUGGGCAGAAGCAGCACUGACUCUGGUACUGUUUGCGCUGCGGGCAAAAACAGCGUCAAUAUGUCCGCCAGAGAGCAUGUCCUCCGGAAUAUUUGGGUUAAGGUGGGAUUUUGUCUGGGCGGUCUUUGCUUUGAUGAUCGCUCUGGCGGCACAAUGCACAAUGACAGUCAGCGUGAAGUACGGUCUCGGAAUGCAUCAAGGGCUGCUGUCGGACGCCGACAUCGUCCAGACCAACUUGUGGAGCUGGAUUGCUCAGGCAAUCGGGAUCGUCGACCUGGCUGCUGCAAGAUGUGCAGUCAUUGCGUUCCUUCUGGCACUCCAGACACGGACUCACCGCAAAGGAAGAUGGGUACUCUUCUUCGUGGGUGGUCUCCAGGGAGCCAUCAAUAUUGCGGAAAUCGGUGUCAUAUUCCACCAAUGCAAUCCGCCCCGAAAGCUAUGGGACAUGAGUGUUCCUGGUACUUGUGAUCUCAUCGAUGUCUGUUUGCAUAUCGGGUAUUUUCAGGGAGCGGUCGGGGCCGCAGCUGAUAUAUUCCUCGCCUUCUAUCCCGUGUACAUCAUCGGAAGACUGCAGCAAAUGCGACUAGGUUUGAAGAUCGGUCUAUGUCUCCUGAUGAGCGGCGGUAUUGUCGCUGGAGUAGCAGGAAUCAACAAGACCAUCGCGAUCGCCAACAUCACCGAAGCCACCGAUCAAACCUACGCAAUUGCCCAGCUCAACAUCUGGGUUCUCACCGAGAUGUGGUUCAUUCUCAUCUUCGGCUCAAUCCCCGUCCUCCGACCAUUCUUCGUGCGGUUUUCACAAAGCAUCAAAAGCGCCGCGUAUUCCUCCCGCAAUCGGUCCGAUCUACAACCUGAUCCUGGCUCUCACAAUGAUGCAUGGAUGUAUCUACAUGAUCGGCCACAGCUAUCGUGGGCUUCUCAGGGGUCUGGACGGGGAGAUAAAGAGACGAAUGUGUUUAAGAGUAAUAGUGAGGAGGAAAUCCUGGGGUCUCAGUCAGCGGAUGAGAUUGUGAUAACGCGCAAGAUGACGAUGAUGGAAGAUAGGCACUGAUUAUUCCUACUAUGCCAUCAUUUGCAUAGUCAGUAUCUGGAUUGAUGAAUGAAAAUAAUACAGAAUUAUGAACGGGGGUUUAGUCUUAUCGAGUUAACCAGAGAUGAGACAAGCAUAAAGCCAACAUACUAGACCAACAGCGGAUCCACCGAACGCAACGUCGAUAAAUUAAUAUCUCAAUCAAAACAAAUUAACCCGAGCAACCAGACCACCUCCUAAACAUGCUAAGGAACGGCCGUCUAUUAUUCCCUGUCCAGCCUUGCCCCUUUCAGCAAUGCGCAGUCAUUUCACAGCGAGAACAAUGUGAUCAAGGACCUCCUGAUCCGAAUGCAACUCAAUUGACUUUUAUCCUGCGUCGUAAUCACGCAAAUGAAAGUAAAUGAACGAUUAAUAAUAGUAAAAAAAGGGGGAGAAGUAAGU